AUGCAGAAUUUACAAACACAAAACUUGCUAUUGACACGACGAAUUCGCGGUCGACAAAAUCGUUAUCGAAGAAGAGCACCAUAUUAUUGGACUCUUCCUCGUCCAGUCGAAUCGUGGUUCGAGAUCCAUUACACUGAUCGGACAAUACCAGGGGACUUCUUUCGAAGGCUUUUACGAAUGAACAGAGAAAGCUUCGAUUUGUUGCUCAUCGUAAUUCGCAACCGGCUGACAAGACAGAAUACACUACUGCGAAAUUGUCUCACUCCGGAAAAGGUUCUUGCUUGUGGUUUGCUUCGACUUGCACAUGGAAAUUCGUACCAAACAAUAGGACCUGCGCUAAACGUCGGUAGAACUACAGCAAUAGAGGCUUGUCAAAUCCCCAACAACGGUGGCUGAGACAAUGAGGUGUAUAGAGACAUUUACAGACAAAUCACGACUUCCAAACAUUGUUGGAGCCAUAGAUGGGACCCAUAUCGAAAUAAUUUCAAUUCUCCCAGAGACAGUGCUGCUGAUUAUUUUAGUCGAAAUCAGCAACGUGAUUUUAUAAUUCAAGCCGUUUCUGACGGUAAGGGAUUAUUUCUUGACUUUGCCGCAGGUUAUCCAGGAAGUCUUCACGACGCUAGGGUAUAUCGAAACAGCUCCCUUUAUCAAAGAGCAAGCAACGAAGAUAUACUCAAAGAACCGGUUGAAAGAAUCAGUAUUACAGAUAUUCGCCCUUACCUGGUAGGAGACAGCGCAUACCCUAUUUCCCCAUGGCUUAUGAAGCCUUAUCCUGAAGCCACGCGUGACCCUGGCGAGAUAACCUUUAACAAGGAACUGUCAUCUGCAGGAGUAGCCAUCGAGUGCGCUUUUGGCCGUCUCAAAAGUCGUUGGCGAAUUCUACAAAAGCGGUUGGAUAGCAGAAUAACUUUCUCGGUGAAGAUUUCCAUUGCUUGUGCAGUGCUG